CACACACACACCCAUAUACACACACCCACCCACAUUUUCAUAAAAAGCCUGAAGCACCCUGUUGUUUUCUCAGAGCUCUUGAUUCAGGGUCCCAGUCAGCAUCAUCUGAGGAUCAGUUUUCAGUUUUUCCUUUUAGCAGAAGCAAAAAGCCUCGGAGUGAGGGAACGCAGGAAAGGAUGUGUGCAGCUGGAUGGUCGCUAACGCUAGUGCUGAUUCACCUUGUUGGCUCAGCUUCCUCCUCUCCCACCAUAGCUCCUCCUGCCUCACAUCUACCAUCUCAGAUAUCGCCCCCCUCUCCUUCACCAACUGGCCCCCCACCCUCAACUCUUGGCCUCCCACCCCUGACCUCCACCAGCAGCUCCAUGGAGCUGAUGACCAUGGCGAGCUGCAACCUGCGGAUUUCGCCUUCAACUCUUGUGGUCAGGUUUGGAGGUCCAGCCACCGCUAACUGCUCGAAACCAAACCAUGGGUAUUCUAUGAUGGGCUGGGAAAAACUACCGAAACAAACACAGGAAAGUCCAGUUUUCACAAUGGAAAGUUUCCUGGUGUGGAGUGUGGACAGCGUGACUGAAUGGAGUCUCAGCCCAGAAUGUUAUGCAGUGUCUGAGGAGGGAGGGCAGUGCAGCAGUUCUCUUUCUGUAAUAAUCUACCAGCCACCAAAAUCAGUCUCCAUUCGGUUUUUGAAUCACACCGGCCCGAUGUAUGAGAGACAGCAGUACAUUCUUCAGUGCACAGUUGAGGACGUCGCACCCGUGGAAAACCUGGUGGUGACUUUCUACAAGGGACGGACGGCGCUGGCUGAGCUCCGCUCCAACAGGACCGCAGAGAGGACUCCAGUGAAAGAGAACUUCAGUCUGCUCGUCGCUCCCUGCAGAGGGGAUGAUGGAGACCAGUACUGGUGUGAAGCGAAGCUGGAACUGGGGCCUUCAGGACCACAGCAGCCGCCAGCAGAGAGGUCACAGAACAUUAAUGCGACAGUCCUCUGGGAACCAGAAGAUAUUCAUCCAUCCAAGCUCCACAUGGAAAAAAAACCUUUAGACUGUGAAGUUCAAAACCAGCCAUUAGGAGGAAAUGGAACUACAAACAGAUGUCGAGGAUGCUUCUUAUUGAUCGCUCUUCUUGCUCAUUUGAUCAACUGGCUGUGAAACUUGAGGGAACAAACCAAUUCCCGACUUGGACUGGUCCUGAUGUGGGAAACGCAUCCCAGAAGAUCCAUCAUCAGUCCUCGGUGUA